AUGAGGGCGGCAUUGAUGUGGACUAUAAGUGACUUUCCGGCUUUAGCACAACUCAAAGGAUGGUCAACAAAAGGCAAAUGUGGAUGCCCGGUUUGUCUUGGAAGUGUAAAAGGCUUCCAACUUAAAAAUUGUGGAAAGCCAUGUUGGUAUGGGACUAAUCGAAUUUUUUUGAAUGAAAAUGAUUCGUUACGGAAAAAAGGACCCAAGUUCGCAAGUACAGAGCGGGCCGUUUUUAGAGGUCGGAUGAGUGGGGAGUAUGAAAUAUCAACAUUUAAUCAUUUGCAAUUCCCUCCUCCCGGAAUAUUGACCAAACAACGAGCUUUGGGUUAUGGCAAAGAACACAAUUGGACUAGUAGGCCAAUUUUCUAUGAACUUGAAUAUUGGUCGUCACUUAGGUUACGUCAUUGUAUUGAUGUUAUGCAUACCGAAAAGAAUGUUUUUGAAAAUGUAUUUUACACAAUUGUGGAUGACCGUUUCAAGUCAAAGGAUCACAACAAGUCUAGGAUGGAUUGUAAGGAACUUGGUGUGAUGUCCGGGUUAUGGUUAAAUAAUGGGGUGAAGCCAAAGGCACGUUUUACGCUUACAAGACCCCAACUUCGCCAAUUAUGUGAAUGGGUAUCAUCAUUAGAUCUUCCCGACGGGUGUUGCUCAAAUCUAGCUCGAUGUGUCAAAAUGGAUGUUCUCAAGUUUCACGGGUUAAAAUCGCAUGAUUGUCAUAUUUUUAUGCAAAAAUUGAUGAGUAUUGCUUUUCGUGAGUUUUUACCUCGUGAUAUUUUGGAUGCCCUUGCGGCACUAUCAAAUUACUUUGUCGAUAUUUGUUCGACAAUUCUAGUACGUAGUGAUCUAGAACUUCUAGAGAAAUCCAUAGUAAAGACACUAUGUGUGCUAGAAACUAUUUUUCCCCCAAGCUUUUUUGAUAUUAUGGAACACUUGGUUUUACACUUGGCCGAAGAAUGUCGUCUAGGGGGACCCGUUCACUAUAGAUGGAUGUAUCCUUUUGAACGGUUGUUAAAGUUUAUGAAAGAUAAGAUCAAGAAUAAGGCACGAGUGGAAGGUUCGAUUGCGGAAAAAUAUGUCGAAGAAGAAACCGUCAACUUUUGUUCAUAUUACUUUAAGUCAAAUGUUGGCACAGUUCAUAACACCGUGGGAAGGAACGAAGUUGCGGUUGAGAAACAAGAUGAUAGUAUUUUGGAGGUUUUUAGAUAUCCAAUUGAGUGUUUGGGAAAACAUGUUGUUCGAUACUUGGAUGAUGGUGAAUACUUCAUUGCGGAAUAUUAUGUUCUCUUGAACAUGCCAGAGGUUCAACCAUAUAUUCGAGAAUACGCAUCUUAUACGGGUGCAACGCCCGAAGAAUUGGAAUCACUUCUCAAGACUAACUUCAAAAUUUGGUUCAAGAAAAAGAUUGAGAAUGAUGUUGCAAUAUAUCCACGGUUCAAAGAUCUACUUAAUGGACCAUCUCGCAUGAUUAUGACGUUUCAAUCUUGCAAGGUUAAUGGAUAUAAAUUUCGUUGUAAGGAUAAAUCCGGUGUCCUUGUCAAAGGUACAUCUCAUGUUAAUGCCCUUGAAAAUUAUUAUGGUCAAUUAGAAGAAAUUAUUAGACUUGUUUAUAGGGGGGGAAAUCAUGUGUAUUUGUUUAAAUGUUGUUGGUUUGAUUCCGCGGGAAGCGGUGUACGUGUUGACAAAAAUCGAAUUGUUAGUAUAGACAUAAAGUCAAGACUAAGGUCGAACGAGGUAUUUGUUUUAGCAAGUCAAGCGACUCAAGUGUAUUAUGCACCAAGUGUAUUAAAUCCUCGUAGUAACUUCUAUACGGUUAUUUCAAUUAAAAAUAGUCCUCUUGAUGAAUCAACUACCCCUUCUACCGAAAAUCCCUACCAAGAAAAUAUAUCUAAUGCAUCCACUUCAAUAUUUUCAUUGUUCGUUGACUUUGCACAAUAUGAGCCAAUUCCAAGAAUUCGAUUCGAAGAUCAUGAUAAUGAUGAAGUUGAUGACGAUGAUGAAGAUGAAAACAAUGAAGAAUUUGAUGAGGAAGAUCAAGAAAAUGAAGAAGAAAUAGGAGGAGGAGGAGGAGGAGAAGAAGAGGAAGAAGAAGAGGAAGAAGAAGAAGGUUAUGAAGAUAUUGAUUAG